GUGUUGCAGAGGAGCUCUCCUGUAAUCGACACAGUGAGAUCAGCUAAAGGGAAGCCUCCUGGUGGUGACGGUGCUUUGUCACCUUUGAGCGUCCGCAUGUCCGAGCUUGGACCAAUCCAGAACUCUAAUGAGGAGGAGCAGGAGGACAAGGAGAAUGUGGCGAUUGAGACUAUUGUAGAGGAGGCGGCCGAGACGGAGGACGUAGCGAAGGUAGGUCGGAAUCCCGGACUUACUCGAUUGGAGGUGGUCUUGUCAUCCUCAUUCCCCACGAGCAAGGAGGCCUCUGCGUGUGGUAGGAACGGAGCCCCCUGA